AUGGCCUCUCUCCGUGACUUAAUGAGAUUGGAAAAACGCAGGAGGGCUAAUGAAUCUUCCCAAACUGCUUCGAACAAUUCAAUUGCAGAGUCUACAACACAAGAAGUCACCACUAAUGUUAAUUCACAGAUUGAAGAUGAAAAUUUCAAAAAUAAGAGAGUCAGUUUUGCUGAUGAAUCAGUAGUCGCGUACGUUGAACGGGAAGAUCCCCAGGUUUUUGUCGAACCUAAAAUAAUUCAUGAAGAGUACUAUAUAGAAGAUUUUCAAUCAAGCGGUCCUUUAGAGAAUGAUACUAGCAAUGAUGAAGAAGAUGACCAAACUAUUGGUUCACCCAAGAUCAUCAUUGAUACAGAAAAUAUACACAUUGACAAACUUGAUGAAAAUCUCAACAGUGAAUCUGCUCUGUUGGCUAAAAUAAAGCUAGACAAGGAGAAGUGGCUUAAAAUCGCAGGAAUGGACUCAUUUGACUAUACCGAACAAGAUGAAUAUACGUCAUUAAUUGCUAAUAAUAUUAUUGUUAAGACAAAGCCUACGAGUUCCGAUGACAUAAAUGACGCCAUAAAAUCAAAGAUCGAUCAGGCAAUUAGCAAAUCAAAUUCUAGCAUUGUGAGUUCAAAUUUUGAUACCGCUGCAUCUAUUAGUGAUAUAAAGGUUGGUGCGGCUAAUUUACCCAUGGGUUUUUUUGAUGACAAAAAUCUAGACUCUCAGGUUAGAGGCCAAGCAACUAAAGAUGAAGCCAUUGAAAAGCUGAAGGAUUUGGUCAAAAUGGAGAAAAUCAUUUCAUCCCAAGAAAUACACCAUACAACAAAUACCAGUGUAGAUGAAGAUUUGGAACUAAACAAUUUGGAAACCAAUGAAUUGCUAGAAUCAUUAAAAAAACAAAGGGAACAUUUCAAUCCCAAUAGUAAUGUUGUGAAGGAUCGCAAAAAAGAUAUAUCAGUUGUGCUUGUCGAUGACAAUUCUGAAUUGGAUUGGAGAACUAGAAAUUUUUAA